GAAGAAGAAGCGACGGCUCGGUCUUGUUUUUAUCGUUGUCGCACGCGGCACCUUUGCUGCGACCAUGCGCAUCGAAAAGUGUUAUUUCUGCUCGGGACCAGUGUACCCCGGGCAUGGGGUCAUGUUUGUAAGGAACGACUGCAAGUCAUUCAGAUUCUGCAAAUCAAAAUGCCACAAGAACUUCAAGAAGAAGCGUAACCCAAGAAAGACCAGAUGGACCAAGGCAUUCAGAAAGGCAUCAGGAAAGGAGUUGACAGUGGAUAACGCCCUGGAAUUUGAGAAACGUAGAAACAUACCUGUUAAAUAUAACAGGGGUCUGUGGGACAAAACAGUGGAAGCAAUGAAGAGGGUGCAGGAAAUAAAACAGAAACGACAGGCCAGAUUUAUCAUGAACAGAUUAAAGAAGGGCAAACAGCUGGAGAAGGAAGAGGCCAUCAGCGAAGUGAAGAAAAAUAUUCACCUUAUCAAAGCACCACAUGCAGGAAAGGCCAAACAAAUGGAAGCCAAAAUGGUGCAGAAGUUACAAGAAGACGUGGACAUGGGGGAUGAUGAUAACUGAUCUUAUACCCAAGGAAUUUUCUUUGUGUGAUGACUCUCAAGUGGACCUUGUAUUAUAUUGUACUUCUGUUUUGGAAUUAAAAUGGCUGAUGAUGGACACAAUACUGCAGUCAGUUUUAAAUAGCUGUACAAGGACCGAAAGCAUUGAUUCAACAAAGCUCUGCCUCCAAAGCAGCAGCAUUUACCCACAUACCUUCAAGUUAUAUUUUUCCUGUGUGGUAGUUGGGACUUAGAAUAAUUUACUCUUUCCUGUUUGCAGAGUAAAAUGAUUGCAGUCAUGCAGAAAAUUUUAAAAUGUAACCAACAAAAAUUGAAUAAACAUCUUUUGCGGAA